AAGUGCAUCACAUUUUUAAAAUAUUCAGAUGAUUAUUCCAUAAUUUGACAUUGUUAAUCAUUGUUAUAUUGUGUCAAUGAGUUUAUUAUUUUUUAUUUUUGUUAAUAUUUGAUAAUGGUCAUCGUACGUAGAUAAUGGAGGAAUUUCCUCUCGUUAUUUCGCAUCGUUCACCUCUAGUGGGACGAUUAAAGAUGGCGAAUUAUAUGUCAAACCAUUCGUACAAUCAGCCAAGUCAAAACUAAUAAUUGUGAUGUUAAUAGUAAUAAGAUAAUGUUGAUGGUGUUGGGCACUUUCUCUUGGACUGUAUUCUAAUGCAAAGAAAUCGACUAUCAAAAAUCUUUAAAUUCAAAUACUAAUACACUUAAAUUAUCAUAAGUAGCCUCUGUAGACUACCUCUUGACACAAACCGGAAGUCAUUUAAUUAGGUGCGGCCACUAACUCGGGGCGAAGGGGGGGGGGAGAUGAAGAUCCGCGACAUUUAUACACAUCAUUGCUUUUAUACUUAUUCAUAACGCCCACAACAAGUCGAUAGCACAUCACAAUUGUUAAAUAAAAUAGAUACUCAUAAUUAUCAUCAUCAUCAUCAUCUCCGACUAUUGAUGAGAUUAAAUGAAAAAUUACGUGCAAUAUCAAAAUAUUAACAAGAUUGGGGCAUUUUUUCAUUGGAAUUACCGAGGAAUAUCAAGGAUAAAUAUAAUUUAAGUCCAAGGUAAGCUGUACAAGCGACAUCGAUGCCUUUUUUAAUGCCAAAUAUUCAACGCUAGCAUAAUUUAUCUCCGAUCUCCACGUGCUAGAGCUAACUUUCAUUUGUCGAACACAUUUCCUGAACUAUGGAUGGAUUGGCGAUUAAAUUGCUGACGAGCGAACAAGGAAAUGGAUCAUGUGGAGAAGAGAUGAGAGGGCGACGGCUGCAGGGCCAUACCCACCCUGGAAGGUUAGAAUGUUCUGAUGUAUACAACUCUAUCAACUAGCAACCAAUAUCGACCAGUAAAGUGCGCAUGCGUAAAAAAAAGCGCGGAAUUGUGUGAGAAAAAAAAAAGAAGAAAAAAACGGAUACAAUCGGGCAAUAACACGCAAGCUCUCUCGUAAUAAAUUCAGUCGUGCCGUGAGCAAAUAUCGAGCUGCGAAAUAUUCAUCCUCUGGGUGAUUCCAACGCCCGCUGCGGUCAUUCAUGAGUCCCGAUUAAUUAAAAAAAAAAAAAGCAAACAACAACGAAAAGAAGAUUGCAAUGCUUGCAGCAAUUGUGUAAAAUGUGAAAAGCCAGUAAUUAAUGGUAAUAAUUUUUCUUAUAAUUUUGUAAGUAGCCCUGAGUGAUUCCAAUGCGCGUGUAGAGAGACUAUUGUAGGGUCGAAUGUAGAAAGCAUCUGUUUUUAUUAAUUUCUCUGUCAAUCGGAACAUUAAAAAGAAGGAAGACAAUUACGGGCACCACGAUAACGCCCCGAUAAUACUUUGAGUCUCACCCACGUCUCCCACCGGAGUGUUUACUUGAACGUGCGUGUGCCCUGUUUUUUCACCAAUGUGUGGUAAUGUCAGUCAACGAUAAGGGACAGAAGAGUGCAUAUAAGUCUUUAUGGUUGUACACCCAACAUUAUUGUUCGUUAUUCCUUUAUUUACGGUUAUUUAUUAUUUGAUAGUAGAGUUGAAUAAUACAAUCACGCAUUAUUAUAAAAUCAUAAAUAAAAAUUGAGGGAUCAGUGUAGAGAUAUAUUAUUUUAAUUGAAGAAACAGAAUUGAUUAAAAAAUGACCAAUACACAUGAAACAUCGCUUGGCCAAGUUUCUGACAGUGACCGCCUGCAGGAUGAAAUUCAAUUGACUGAACUUGUACCGGUGCGACAAUCAAGAAUUGAGCAUACAAAGAGUGACAAAGAUAAUAAUGCAACUGAUGGGCUUAAGGUCCUUAGAAGUUUUACCCAAACUGAUAAUGAGUUCGAGUCCAUCAGUGAACCAGAAAAGCAUGGAAUCUUUUUAGCUGAAAAUAAUUAUAAACAUGGCACACUAAAUAAUGGAAAAUUUGAAAGAUUGAAGAGCAAAAAUUUUCCCAAAGAUGAAGUAUAUUAUUUUUAUCAAGACCAACAAAUGGACAUUGAUAGUGGUGGAGCAAAAAAAUUAAGCUAUGCAUUGAGUGAAACGGAGAGUAGCAAUUUCCAGAAGCCCAGAAAGUUUAACAAAACGGGGAAUGAUAAAAAUUUAUCGGGAAAAAUAAAUGAAAAUGAAGACGAGCAAGACCUGAGACUCAACAUAGAUGUGAUAAUUCAAGCGAGUUACCUUCUAGAUCAAGAUAAUGAUAAUAUAAAUAGGGAAAAAACAAAUAAUAAUCAUCAAUUGGAGGUUAAUAAUGAUAAUAAUAAGAAAAGUGAUUCAUUGACUGGGAUAGAUGAAGAACAGCUGAGAUCAUUGAAAAAAUACAACUGUAUGAUGUGUGAAGCCAAGUUCAAAGGCAGUGGAGGCUUGAGAAAUCACUACAAAGUUGUACAUGCAACUGGGCCAUUAUAUAAAUGUGACGAUUGUGGUAAAGAGUUUCCAUUGAAAGAACGCUUAAAACUUCAUGUUCGAACUCACACAGGUUUUAAACCGUAUAAAUGCGCAGAGUGUGGAAAGAGCUUUGCUCGAGGGGGUCAAUUGUCCCAGCAUCGGCGUACACACAGUCAAAUAAAACCCUACCAGUGCGAUCUCUGUAUGGGUACAUUCACAUGUGCUGCAAAUCUCACUCUACAUAUGAAACGACACAAUGGUCAAAAAGAUCACACAUGCAGCAUCUGUGGAAAAGGCUUUAUAAGACGAGAUGCUCUCAAGAAACAUCUCGAGUGCUUGCACAAAGAUCUUAAAACAUUUCUCUGUAUUAUCUGCAAUAAAACAUUCAAGGGUCACUUACCACAGCACAUGAGAACACACGCCCAUGAUAGGCCUCAUGCGUGUCCAACUUGCGGCCAAAAAUUCGCCCAAAAAUCACAGCUGACUGUCCAUCAAAGAACCCACACAGGACAACGGCCCUUUAGGUGUCUCGUUUGUUGGCAGGCAUUUGCUCAUUCAACUGCCUUAAAACUUCAUACCAGAAGGCACACUGGAGAAAGACCUUUCAAAUGUACUGAGUGCAAUGUCGGAUUCACACAAUUACCGCAUUGGAAAAAACAUAUGAAGUGCAUUCAUAAACGAACCAAACCCUACAGUUGUAACAACUGUAAUAAUUUUUUUAAAAAAAAGAGUGAUUUGGAGAGUCAUGAAAAACUUUGUCACAGCACGGAUAUCAACGAUGGAAAUGAUAAACUCGAAAGUGAAGCCAAUAAAAAUACAGAGUAUAGUAAAUAUAAGAAUAUGACUUUAGAGAGAAUGCGCCUACUAUUGGCUGUUUUAUUAAAGAGGAUUUCCAAACCCGAGCGUCUCGAUGAACUGGGAUUUGGUAAGAGGCUCAUCGACGAAAUUCUCCAAGAUUCAUUGGUAUCUGCUGGUAAAAAUCCCAUUAAACUUGGCCAACUGAAUGAAUUUCAAGCUUUGCAGAAAAAUCUUGAGACAUUUCUCAAAUGGACUGUACCCAAAGAACACUGGGAAACUUUUAAGAAAAUGAAGAAAAGUCCAGAAGAAAUACUAGAAACACUCACUACAACAUAGGCUCUUCAUUCAAUAAAGUGGGAUUUAUUAAUAUUCAUUUUAUAACCAAAGACUUGUACUACCAAAUUGUUCUUUAUUAUUUAAUCAUGUUGAAUCAGUUGUUCUUGUUGUGAUUCAGAUGGAUGAAUGAUUAUGUUUUUGUGACAGGAGAAAUGUUCAAUAUUACUGUAUUUCUAAUUCAUUAAAUUAUUUGCCUUUUUUCCUGAUCACAGCAAAACUUUGUUAAAUCAUAACAAAUUCAUUAGGUAGAAAAUUAUUAGAAGUCAAAACAAGUUAGAAGGCUGGAAAUUUUGUUUCAUUACUUAUAUAGUACUGUUAUUAUGAUAAUAUAUAAUUAUAUAAUAUAUUACUUAUUAAUAGUCCCACGUAAAGAUAAUUAGAUAGCGAGAAAAGAAUGUGACCAGACAAUAAUAACAAUUUUAUUAUUACUAUAUACUUUAAUUCAUUGUUUGUUCAUUUGAAUUAAUUGAAAUUUAUAGAAUAGUAUAAACUACAUUAUCUAAAAAUUAACAUCAUCUUAUGGUUAUUGUCAAAUGGCUAUACUAUCACAAGAUAAAUUCACAUAUUUCGCGGAGAGGAAAAAAAUUAUACAUAUACAAUAUAGAUAUACAAUACCAAAGCCAAUGCUUCUGUUUAAAAUCGACACGACGAGAGUCGGUCUCAUGUAAAUGAAACAGUGGUUGGUAUAUGGAAUAAAGAUAGAGGUCAGUCAGUCUAAUGUCGGACGUGAGUGUGACGAUUUUCUACAUGUUUCUUUUUUUUUUCUAUUUUACGCCAAAGAUAAAAAAUAUGAGGCUUUUAAUUUCUUAAUCUUAUUUGAAAUUUUAUAUGUGUGAUAACCAUUAAAGGAGAAAAUAAUAAUGUUUAUUAAUUAUUACUGCUUUGGUGCCAUGAAUGUUGAAAAUGUAGCCUGUAAUAAAAUGUAAUUUGAACGAA